AUGUGCAAACAGUAUAAUAUAUAUAUCAUUAUCAUUAUUAUCUUAUUAGGCAUUAUGGAAGAACUAACUGCAUCUGUACGGCAAGUACACAGGGCCACCACAGCUUCUCCCCGUACGGCUAUCGUCACUGGCGCCGGUCAAGGAAUUGGACGAGGAAUAGCUCUACGCCUCGCCCAAGACGGAUUCGAUAUCUGCAUUAACGAUCUUUCAUCGAAUGCUAAACAGGCCAAAGCAGUUGUGGAAGAGAUCACUUCGCUCGGCAGACGCGCCGUCAGCGCCUGUGGGGAUGUAUCCAAACGUGCAGAAGUGGAGGAGAUCGUGAAAACAUCCGUUGACACCCUCGGACCACUCACAGUCAUGGUCGCCAAUGCGGGUAUUGCUCACUCCAAAUCCAUCCUCGAUAUAACCGAAGACGACGUUCGACGAAUCUUCGAGGUUAACGUCAUGGGGGUCUUCAACAGCGAUACAGUAGCUGCGAAGCAAUUCAUGAAACAGGGAACCGCUGGGAAGAUUCUCAAUGCCGCUAGCGGGACGUCAUUUCGAGCAAACCAUCUCCUCGCACAUUACAGCGCUACGAAAGCCGCGGUGCGAAGCCUAACACAGUCCUUCGCUAUGGAACUUGGACGUCACCGUAUCACCGUUAACGCCUACGCCCCUGGCAUCGUGGCCUCAGCUAUGUGGGAAGAGAUCGACAGGGGAAUGAGCGAGAUAAAUGGCCUGCCAAUAGGCCAGAACUUUGCCAGGUUUACCGAUUCGAUUUGUUUGGGGCGGACAAGUGUACCAGAAGAUCCAGCAAAGUUGGUCUCGUUCCUAGCUGGGCCAGAUUCGGAUUAUAUGACCGGACAGACCAUUGUAAUUGAUGGAGGGAACGUGUUUGUGUAAGAGAAUAGGUGCCCCCAUAUGGGAGGAAUGCAUACUAAGUAUGUCCGAGGACGAAUCCGAAUCAUCCGAUUCACGGAAUAGCAAAAACCAAAGCAUAGGUGCCACCUGUCAACGGACCUAGGAUACUAGGCAGAGACUGAAAGCGAGUGAAGGAUGAAACCUGCGACAAGACCAAGUAGAGUGGGAGCAACUAGACUAACGCGGUG